UUGACGUCACACGUUGUCUCUAUGGCGGCGGUCGACGCCAAGGAAAUCCAAUUGGGAUUAGCGCUUGCUAGCAAUGGCAGGGACCAAUACUGUAAUUGUUAUAUAACUGGUGACCGGUCGCAUGUAUUUUUUGUAAAAAUCAAAUAGUAAUUAUGGUGUUAAGUUUUGAAAUAUUUGACUACGUAGUUGCAGGUGACUUCACGCUAACUGCUGCCUAGCUAUCCGAGCUGCUAAUGCUAAGUACCAAACUGAACGUAUAAUGCCGUUUUUUUUUUUUUUUUUUUUUUUUAACGAAACAGCUCAUUUCACUCGAAGAGGGAACACGUUCAGGUUGACACACUUUCUGACCAAUAAGUGAUAUUGAAUCAGGCCUUUCGAUGUAUCACAAAGAGAAGAACAUCCAGAUGAAGAGCAGCGCGUCAGCGUUGUACAACAACCUGAGCGUGUUGCGCAUCGCCCCGCGGCGCCUCACCUACUUCACGGUGGUCCACGCCAAUGUGGUCAACAUGGUCAGCGCGUCGUGGGACAUCCUCAGUGACUCCCACCGUCAGCUGCAGUCCAAGGAGCCCAACGUAGCCACGAGCCCAUCCCUCAUCAUGCAGGCUGCAUUUUGUGUUUUGCCCUCUCGCAAUCUGCUCGUGGUGACUUCACAAAAAGGCAUUCAGAUGUAUGAAUCAGAUGGCUCCAUUAUGGUGUACUGGCAUGCACUGGAUGUUCCUGAAACACCAACAGCUCAGGCCGUGUUUGCUCGGGGGAUAGCUGCUGUUUGGGAUAAUUACAUUUGUGUGGGUCUGUCCUCUUGUGGAAUCCUGGUGUUUGAUGUUCCCAGUAAAGGCAGUAAUAUCACCUUGUCUGAGGUCCUGGAGGUGCACAAGGAGCCCAUCACUGACUUAGCCCCAGAGUGCUCAGGCAUCAAGGAGUGCAUCGCCGACCUGGUCAGUGCUGAUGACGGCGGCACCUUGUGUGUGUGGAAGUCUGGGGAAGAGUUUCAGCUUCUCAACAAGAUCGGUGGAUUUGAUAUGACCUGCUCCUCCGUGAAGUUGUGGAAAGGUACAGUAGUGGCAGGUUACGGAACAGGCCAGAUCCGUCUGUAUGAGGCUGUGACGGGAAUUCUGCAUGCUGAGGUCAACGCCCACGCCCGCUGGAUCUACUCACUGGACAUUGCUCCUUUUUCUGGACUGCUCCUGUCUGCAGCUGAAGACUCUUUUGUCAGGGUGUGGCACCUGACAGUAACCCCAGAAAGCAACAGUGUGGAGGUUACGCAUCUACACGUUGAGUGUGUGACAGACACACAAAUUUGCGGCGCCAAGUUCUGUGAUGGAGAUGGUUACGCCUUCGCUGUGACAGGAUAUGACCUCAAUGAAAUUAUACACUACACGCAGACAUAGGACAUCACCUUUGCCAUGGCUGAGUAUAUGGAUAUCUAACGGAUGUCACACAAUAUUUCCGCAAUGCGAUCCAGAUGUAGCGCAGUCAGAAGGUCAGAUUAUACAAGGACGGGGGGUUAAAUUGCAUCAUUUUUAUGAUGAGUACAUAUUUUAUAAUGUCAGUCGUUUUGUGUGUCUUCAGAUGUGUGUUAGCGCAUUGAAAAUGAUUCAGAUGUUUUUAAAUAUUCUGUAGAUAUUUUUAACAGCAAAUAUUUACGUGUUUGUGAAAUCUAGUGCAAGUGAGUGACAUCUUUGAUCUCUCACUUGCACAUCAUUUUUGAGUAAGAAAACCAUGUAUUGGAAAGAAACUCCACCAGAGGGCAGCAUUAUUUUUUUUUAUAAUUUAAUGAACUGAAACCAGCCAAUCAAUAUUUGUGGAUAAGCAUUGGUACAUUUUUUGGUAUUUUAUUCUAAAUUGAAUUCAAGACAAAUGGAACCUACUCACUGACAAACUUUCACAAUUUAUUUUCAAAAGAAACACAAGAUGCGAGUGGUUUAUGUUUAUUCAAAUCUGACAAUACAGCUUUGCAAUGAGUGCAUCCUUAUUGUGGGUUUAUACAUUCUUUAUACAUAGUACUACUGCAUUUUUUUUCCAGUUCCAAAUGGUAGUGGCAAACAAACGAUAUUCCUUCCACCUUACCAGUUUGGGAUUGAUUGUAGAACCAACGGCAGGAUCAGAGAUUUAACAGAAUAGAUAACUAUAAAGUUUAGUAGUAUAGCAGAAUUUCCAAAAUUAAACACAAAUUAUUUGUUGUCCCUGGUUGACUUCCAAAUUGUUCUAAUUUUGUUUGUUACUGUGUGAAAAUUUAAUCCAUCAUCAAAAACAAUUAACUGUCAACAUUAAUUAAGUCAUUAACCGCUAUACAACUUUAAAGAGAAGUGAACCAUUGUAAUAAUAAAAUUCAGUGGAAAUGA